AUGUGUUUAAUCUUGCAGGCUGUAGAAAAUCUCUGUUCUUACAAGAUUUCUGCAAACUUGUACAAACAACUGAGACAGAUUUGUGAAGAUCACAUCAAAGCACAGAUUCAUCAGUUCAGAGAGGAUUCAUUGGAUAGUGUUCUUUUUCUAAAGAAGAUUGAUAGAUGCUGGCAAAACCAUUGCAGGCAAAUGAUCAUGAUCAGGAGCAUUUUUUUGUUUCUGGAUAGAACUUACGUUCUUCAGAAUUCAAUGCUACCGUCCAUUUGGGACAUGGGACUGGAGUUAUUUAGGGCUCAUAUCAUAAGUGAUCAGAAAGUUCAGAAUAAGACAAUUGAUGGCAUUCUUCUCUUGAUUGAGAGGGAAAGAAACGGUGAAGCAAUUGAUAGAAGUUUACUCCGAAGCCUUUUAAGUAUGCUCUCUGAUUUGCAAAUUUAUCAAGAUUCUUUCGAACAACGAUUUUUGGAAGAAACUAACCGGCUCUACGCAGCUGAAGGUCAAAAAUUAAUGCAAGAAAGAGAGGUUCCUGAAUAUCUUCAUCAUGUUAACAAACGUCUAGAAGAAGAGGCAGACAGACUUAUUACUUACUUAGAUCAGACCACCCAGAAGUCAUUAAUUGCUACUGUAGAAAAACAACUUCUAGGUGAACACUUAACAGCAAUUCUUCAGAAAGGUUUAAAUAACCUCCUUGAUGAAAACCGAAUUCAAGAUUUGUCUCUCCUGUAUCAGCUCUUCAGUAGAGUUCGAGGUGGAGUUCAGGUUCUCUUGCAACAGUGGAUUGAAUACAUCAAGGGAUUUGGCAGCACUAUUGUAAUUAAUCCUGAAAAAGAUAAAACCAUGGUUCAAGAAUUGCUGGAUUUUAAAGAUAAAGUUGACCAUAUAAUUGAUAUCUGCUUUCUGAAGAAUGAAAAAUUUAUCAACGCCAUGAAAGAAGCAUUUGAAACAUUUAUUAACAAAAGACCAAAUAAACCUGCUGAACUUAUAGCUAAGUAUGUAGAUUCAAAGCUUCGUGCAGGCAACAAAGAAGCUACAGAUGAAGAACUUGAGAAAAUGUUGGAUAAAAUUAUGAUCAUAUUUAGAUUUAUCUAUGGCAAGGAUGUUUUUGAGGCCUUCUAUAAGAAAGAUUUAGCCAAGCGCUUGUUAGUUGGGAAGAGUGCAUCUGUAGAUGCUGAAAAAUCAAUGCUGUCCAAACUCAAACAUGAAUGCGGAGCUGCUUUCACCAGCAAACUUGAAGGAAUGUUUAAAGACAUGGAACUUUCUAAAGACAUCAUGAUUCAGUUCAAACAGUAUAUGCAGAAUCAGAAUGUACCUGGGAAUAUUGAAUUAACUGUGAAUAUCCUGACAAUGGGUUAUUGGCCAACGUAUGUGCCUAUGGAAGUCCAUUUACCACCAGAGAUGGUAAAACUUCAGGAGAUUUUCAAGACAUUUUACCUAGGCAAGCACAGUGGCAGGAAACUUCAAUGGCAAUCAACCCUAGGACACUGUGUACUAAAAGCAGAAUUUAAAGAGGGUAAAAAAGAACUCCAGGUCUCUCUUUUUCAAACACUGGUGCUGCUAAUGUUUAAUGAGGGAGAAGAGUUCAGUCUAGAAGAGAUCAAGCAGGCUACUGGAAUAGAGGAUGGAGAGUUAAGGAGGACACUACAGUCAUUAGCCUGUGGCAAAGCUAGAGUUCUGGCGAAAAAUCCAAAGGGCAAAGAUAUCGAAGAUGGUGACAAGUUCAUUUGUAAUGAUGAUUUCAAACACAAACUUUUCAGGAUAAAGAUCAAUCAAAUCCAGAUGAAAGAAACGGUUGAGGAACAAGCAAGCACUACAGAAAGAGUAUUUCAAGACAGACAGUAUCAAAUUGAUGCUGCAAUUGUUCGAAUUAUGAAGAUGAGAAAGACACUUAGCCACAAUCUCCUUGUUUCAGAAGUGUACAACCAACUAAAAUUUCCAGUAAAGCCUGCUGAUCUUAAGAAGAGAAUAGAAUCCUUAAUUGACCGGGACUACAUGGAAAGAGAUAAAGAAAAUCCAAAUCAGUACAACUAUAUUGCAUAGAAUGUUGGCCUUGGAGCAUUUGGUGUCAUAUGCAGUAGCCAGUGGAUAAACUAACCUGUUGAUCUUAUAUUAUUUGACUUCUUUUAUACUACCGAUGACCAAAUGAAGCAGUGUAAUUAAUGGAAAUAGUUGAGUGGACUUUUUCUCAGUGGUUAACAUGCCCAUUUUAAAGAGUAAUACUUACCUUUAAGAAGAAUGUUGUUGAACUCUUUGACUCUUUGCAUGUUAUUUAGUAUGAUGUGCAGAAAACACUUAAGAAAGUACCUGGUCUUCAUGAUUCUUCUUUGGAACUGGGGAAGAGGUCCCUAUGGCUAUUAAGGGGGGGGGUUCUUAUACACCAUUAAUUAUGAAGCAAAAGGUUUAUUUGCUUAAAAUGUCAUUUAAAGAUACUUAAACUGCAUGCAAACUUUAUUACUGUACAGAGUUCUGGAUGUAUUUAUCAAAUAGAAAAACCACCCUUGACUUGGUUGUUCACCUGUUUUGUGAUUUCCCUUGAAAAGAAAAAUAAGUUGUCAUAGCUAUUGAUAUUUUAUUAGGUAAUGUUCUGUUACACUGAAAGGGAUUUUUUUUUAAAAAAAAAAAACUUAUUUGGAAACAAGUUUUCAAGUAAGGGGAUAGUUGCUUACAUAAUAUCUUGUAUAUUCACAUCCUAAAAUUUUCCAUUUAUGAGUAUGGGAUGUGUGUAUAUGGCUUAUCCCCUGAGUUUACUGUGCUGAUUAACAAGUACUUAUAAAAAUAGCUAAAAUAGAAAAUUGCUAAUUGUACUACAGGAACAUAAUAGGAGAGAAAAAUCCAACUCUUUCUUUAUAUUAAAAAUGAAUACAAUAAGAAAAUUGCAAAAGAGACCAAAAUCAACAUGUUUUAUAAGUCAUUACAGGAACAAAAACUCACCAACCAGUUUUCAACAUACUUUAGACUUUAAAUGUUGUUUGGACAGUUUUGUCUUUAACUUGGACCAAUUGUAGAUUGUUACAGGCUUCCUAGGAUUUAGCAUUCCUAUUUACCAAAGUUUUUUUGGAAGCAUCCCAACUCUUUUUUGAUAAAUAAGCCUUUCCUCUCAUCUUCAUUUUAACUUCCUAAAACCCUAGACAAAAAGGUCUUCCCUCAUGUUUCCCAUACACCUCCUAUUUGGGAAUUUGAAAUUCCAUGUCAUGCUGAUCUUCUUUUCAAAAUUGCUUGAAGUUCAGAGGUCCCUUAGCCACUGAACAUCUACUUUUCAGGGGAGUCCCAGGAUUGUUCAUACAUAGAAAAUGACAAAAGUAUUGUUUUCAAAUUGAUAAUGUGAGUAAAAGGCUUCUCUUUACCAUGAGUGGUAUUUUGUUUUUAUUUUGCUUCCUCAUUUGUAUUUCCUUGAAGUUUUGAAGGGAAUUGAUCAUGGAGGAGAAGCAAAAACUUUUUUAUUUUUAAAAAUCAGAACUACCUUAAUGCUUUUUGCAACAGCAUACUUCCUUGCCUGUUAGAGCCAUUGGGAAGAAUAUCUAGGUCCGAAUCUCCAAUUGUGGAGACUUUUGGCUCUUGUUUCUACUAUUGAUUGUUUUCUUAUCAAAGACCUGUGGCCAGCUAUUAAAAAAAGUUGCCUGUUUCUUUCUGAUUGCAUCAACUUGCACACUGUUGUAUGACUAUACGUGGUAUUUAGAAUUACUUCCUAAUUCUUUUUUGAGCAGUCAUUGCCCCUGUGUUUUCUCAGCUCCUCCCUGAUUUCCUUACAUGAGCCCAUCUGACAAGGAAAUUCAACUAUUUUGUUUUCCCUCUCCAUACUGGACCAUCUACAUCAGUGUUCUAACUCAUCCCUGAUGGUCUCUGAUAUAUGUAGGCUAUUACAAAAGACUCAAUAGUUACUCUUAAGCAAUUUUUAGGUAGAGUUGGUCCUGUUAGGAGGAGACUCUUGAUGUCACCUUCGUUAUCUUGAAAGUGGGUCCCCUCCCUGAGGCUCAUAAUUUUUUGAAAACUUGAUUCUGUUUCAGCUGAAAAAUUAGCAAGACUAUUAAAAAACAAGUUGAGGGGAGCUGUUUGAGAAAUUGAAAAGUAAUUGCAAACUACAUUGGAUAAUUGUGACUUUCAGUUCUGUAUCAGUUGAAUUUUUGUGCUCUUUUCCCUGUGUAUGUGGUGGUUCUAUUUUUCUCCAAUAAAACUUUUAUUUAAAAAA